UGUGCGCGUAUGCGCGCGCCGGCAGCGGGGAUGGCGAGUUCGCGACGUGGGCGUCGUCGCUCAGUGGGAAUUUAGCCGUCGUGGGUUGGGCGCGGUGAGGAGGAGGCGGGCCGGGAGUGAGCGGGGAAUAGAGAGUGGUUCGGCCACUAUGGAGUGAGGGAACGGUCUGUGUACGGGAAAGUUGAGGCGGACCGGACAGCUGCUCCGCUCCAUUCAUUCGCCGAGCUCCGAGUGAUUUUUACCUCCUUACCGACUUUGCGAAGUUUCGGCUCUCUGAAGCAGGCACAACAUUGCAUCUGCAGACCCUUUGUGCGAUCUGUUGGUUCAAAUUGGGGGAAUACGUGCCUGUCUGCACCGUCUGAAAGAAAUAUUUUUAAAGGAAGUGUGGUUACGCGCGUCGGAGGAAAGACUCGCAGAAAUCAAAGAGUGGUCUCGUCAACUCGAAAGUGUUUCAACGGUUCCACAGGUAAUUACUGAUGCUGAUUGAAGAACAAAAAGACAUGGGGCGUGUGUCCAAGUUUGACGGUUCCAGCGACAGUUCCAGGGGAAGCUCACGCAGUUCGACUCCUCCUGUCGAUACUGACCGGCUCAGGGAUAAGAUGAGUCGCCGCAUUGAAUCUAGAGACACUUGGUUCUCCCUGGAAUUUUUCCCUCCACGGACAGCCAGUGGUGCAGUUAAUCUGAUCUCCAGGUUUGAUCAUAUGGCCAUUGGUGGGCCACUCUUCAUUGAUGUCACCUGGCAUCCUGCUGGAGACCCAGGUGGUGACAAGGAGACUUCUUCCAUGACCAUUGCUAGCACGGCAGUGAAUUACUGUGGUCUGGAGACAUUGCUGCACCUAUCCUGCUGUAACCAAACCAAGGAUCAGAUCACAAAGCACCUGGAGAAAGCUCGUAGCCUUGGGCUGAAGAACAUACUCGCACUUCGUGGUGAUCCUCUUGGUGAUGAAUGGAAAACCGAAGAAGAAGGAUUCAAUUAUGCUAUUGACUUAGUCAAGCACAUUCGCUGCAAGUUUAAUGAUUACUUCGACAUCUGUGUUGCUGGUUACCCAACUGGGCACCCUGACUGCGGCAGUUAUGAGGAAGAUCUCAGCCACCUGAAAGCAAAGGUAGAUGCUGGCUCAGACUUCAUCAUCACCCAACUGUUCUUCGGACCCAAGACCUUCCUGAAAUUUUUAAAGGACUGUCGUGCAAUUGGAAUAACUUGCCCCAUUUUGCCAGGAAUAUUUCCCAUUCAGAGUUAUCACUCAUUGCGACAGUUGGUCAAACUCUCCAAGCUUCAGGUUCCACAAGAAAUCAAAGACGUCAUUGAACCAAUCAAGGAUAAUGAUGAUGCUAUUAGAAAUUAUGGUAUUGACUUGGCCACUGACAUAUGCAGGGUUCUACUGAAAUCGGGAUUGGUCCCAGGGCUCCACUUCUACACCCUGAACCGAGAGGUGGCAACCAUCGAGAUCCUGAAACGACUCAGACUGUGGACUGAGGACCCUAGGCGAGCCUUGCCCUGGAUCGUUAGUGCCAAUCCAAAGCGAAAGGUUGAGGAUGUCCGACCAAUAUUUUGGGCUUCAAGACCAAAGAGUUACAUCUACAGAACCCAGGAUUGGGAUGAAUUCCCAAAUGGCAGAUGGGGGAACUCGUCAUCUCCUGCGUUUGGUGAGUUGAAGGAUUACUACCUUUUCUAUCUGAAGCAAAAGUGUCCCAAGGAGGAAUUGCUGAAGAUGUGGGGAGAAGAACUGGUAGAUGAUAAAAGUAUCUUUGACGUCUUCACAGCAUAUAUUAGUGGGAAGCCCAACAGCAAUGGGAUAAAGGUGACCUGUUUGCCUUGGAAUGACGAUGCCCUGGCACCAGAAACAUCCUUGAUGAAGGAUGAACUGGAGAAGGUGAACAAAAUGGGAAUUCUCACCAUCAACUCCCAGCCCAACAUUAAUGCAAAACCUUCAACUGAUCCAUAUGUGGGCUGGGGGCCUGAGGGAGGCUAUGUAUUUCAGAAGGCCUACCUGGAGUUUUUCACCUCCUCAGAAAAUGUAUCUACUCUACUCAAAGUUCUUCAGAAGUACAAAACGCGUGUGAACUACCAGAUUGUAAAUGUGAAGGGUGAGAAUAUAAAUAAUGCGUUUGACAUGCAGCCGAUUGCAGUUACAUGGGGUAUCUUUCCCGGACGUGAGAUAAUUCAGCCCACGGUGGUUGAUCCUAUCAGCUUCAUGUACUGGAAGGAUGAAGCCUUUGCCCUAUGGAUUGAGCAAUGGGGGAAACUAUAUCCAACUGCCUCUCGCUCUCAACAGAUAAUUCAAGAUAUUCACGAUCACUAUUACCUUGUCAAUCUUGUGGAUAAUGACUUUCCACUUGAGAACUGUCUUUGGCAGGUUAUUGAUGAUGUAUUUAAGUUAAAAGCAUCAGAAAAGACUCCUGGUUUUCCAGCUUGUGACUUGCCAGUGGAGCCAUGAACUCUGAAUGUCCAGGACUACUUGCACCAUCAAAUGGGCCUUAAAUUCUGAUGAUUGCUGGGCCUUGUUAUGGGAAGUAUACAUCAUCUCAGCCCUUUAACUGAACAGAAUGGAUUUCUGAUAGUGUUUGGUGCUGUGUUUGCUGUGAUUCUUGUCACUUUAUACUGUGAACUUGCAGUAUUUGUACAACUUUCAGUGGAAGGAUAGGAUUGAAUAUGAUCUUAAUUCUGGUGAACUUUGUUUCUGGGAGAUGAUCUGUUUAUUAUGUCUCUGUACUGCCGUUGUUAUAUGGGGGUAGAAUUCAAAAACUUGUCAUGUUUCAAAUGAUAAUCUUGCAUAUGGAGGCAAAGGCGAGUAUGUGGCAAGAGUCCGUAAUUCUCACCUGAAGCCUGACUGCUUUUGCUGAAUUUCCAGAGUCGUAUCAUUCAGUGUUGUCUAGACUAAUCAGAGCAGGCAAUUUUUAUAGCGACUUUACUUCCCCUUCCCAGUUAUCCACCUUUUGGAUGUUGCACUGUGUAAUAACUAAGACAUUACACAGAAAUGGCACACCAAGAGAAAGGAAUAUGGAAAUAGUACACGUCAGCUGUCCCUGGUGAUGUGGCCAACAAAACUUGGGUCCCUUCCAUUCAGUAAUGACCCUGAACCAAUACUGUUGUCUCACUGUAAACCCAUAUGAGGUUGAUGUGGUGAGGUCAAAGGGUAGUUUGAUGUGCAAGUCUAGCAGCCAGAACUAACAGUUUACAGCCUUUUAGCACUCUGCCACCAGCUAUUCUGAUCUCUUCCCAUUUUCAUACUUGUCUUUUUGACAUUUGCUGAAAGACAGUUUAAAAAUGUUUUUCCCCAAUGUGCUAUGAACAUGUAUUAUAUAUUCAGGUAUUAAAAAUGCCCCUUUAAACUGGUUUAAGCAUAGAUCAGAAUCUGUCUUAAAUGAGUUGACCCUGUAAUGGCAAAGCAACCUUGCUGGCUGCAAAGGUGCAGUACAUUUCUAUUAACAGGAAUGAGUGAGAGUUUAGGGUCUCAGCAUAAGUAUGGCUGUGAAUCUGUGUAAUGGAUUCUGCUAUUUCCCACAUGUAGUAUCUAUGGAAAUAAUCUGAGCAACUUCAGGUAAUGUGAAGAAUCACAUUGAUUGGGGCUACAGGAAUAACUCCCUCCUGUUCUUCCAGACAGUUAUGGGAUUUGUUUUAUGUUCAUCUGUGAGUGCAGACAUGAUUUCAAAACAGCAGUGAAGUGCCAAUUUAGAGCUCUGUGUUCAAGCCAUUGAAGAGGGGUAUAAAGUUGUUUUUAUCAGAAUGCUGAUAAUAUUUAUCAAUGAGGAAAUACUUGUAAAUGGGUGCUAUAUUUCUCUGAAUUUGAACAGAAACUUCAAUUCAAAUAAAGUACUUGGGUGGCAGAGCACUCUUAACAAUUGAGAAAGAAAAUAACUGGACAGAGGACUGGCAUUGGCUGAGGCUGUGUAUUCAAACAGGGCAGUACUGUUCACAACCCAGGCAACCUUGCAAAUCUCAACUACAAGCAGUGGUGAUGACAAAAGUAGAACAGCGAUCUUCACACCGAUCAAGAUGCAAUCUGAUACUGAUAUACUCCUAGAACCACAACUAGUGACAAUAUAGUGGACUCCUGAGUCUCAGUCCCAGAGAAAAUCCUGUCCUACUAACCCUGCGGGCUGGUACUAUUGUGGUAUUCAAUAGAAUCAGAUUUAUUACCACUGCCACACGUCAUGAAAUUCGUUUUGCAGUAACUGUACAUUGUAAUACAUAAAUUCCUCUGAGUUAUAACAGGAAUAUAAAAAUAAUAUAUAUAAAUAAAAUCUGAUAAUGAUACAAAAGGGAGCAAACUAGUGAGACAGUGUUCAUAAGCCAUUCAGAAAUCUGAUGGUGGAAGAGAAGGAGCUGUUUCUAAAAUGGUGAGUAUGUGUCUUCAGUCUCCUAGCCCUCCUCCCUGAUGGUAGUAAUGAGGAGUGGGGGGGGGGGGUACCAGCUGUUGAAAGUCUC